AUGGAUGGAUCCUCAGUUGCUCGGUCUUCUAUUGUGCCUCCACCUCAGAAAAAUCGUAGGAAGUCGCGAAGGUUGGCGGAGGAUGCAGGCUCUCUUUCCUUGAGUCUGUCCUUUAGAAAAAUGAAGAUGGUUAUGGUUGAUAAUGAGAAUGAGAGCGAGGUGUGUUUGAACAGUGAUAUUAUCUUUGAUAUUCUGUCACGUAUUCCGGCGAAGCCAUUGCUUAGCAUGAAGUGUGUUUCCAAAGUAUGGAAAAACAUCAUUGCAAACCGUUCAUUCAUCAAAGCUCAACUUCAAAACGCACAACUCGAUUUAAAUGGUUUCAUUUUUCAAGAUGGGUACAUGUUGGGCAAAUAUGAUCGUAAAACGGUUAGUUACAUUCCGGUGGAGUCCAAAAAUGCUGCCAAAGUUCACCAGGGGAUUUUCAAAUUUCUUCAAGAAGACGUUGCUGAUGUGGCCACAUAUAAAGGAAUCUUCUGCUGCCGUAGCUGUUUGCCUUCUCUGAAUCCAACCAUCUAUGUCUGUAAUCCUUUAAAUGAAGCGUGGAUUAAAUUGGAGUGGUCUCCUCCAUUCGACAUAAAGGAAAGCAUUGCACUAGUUUUUGAUUUUGAGCCAUCAAAGUUCAAAUUGGUAAGAGUACGCACCGAGUUGAACAAUGAUGAAGAUGAGGAGGACUUUUUCUUCACAUUUGAGCUGUACUGCUCAGAAACCAAAACUUGGAGGAAAUCAGCUGAGAUAUGCAAUUGCAAAGAUGGUCUGAUUAAAAACAGAGGCAUAUACGCAGGAGGUUUCUUGCAUUGGCUAACAGAAGGUGAUCAAAUCCUCACAUUUGAUGUUGAAAAGGAGACGUCUUUACUGAUUCCAGUACCUCUUCCUCAUUCAACCGAGUUUAGGACUUUUGCAACAUGUAUUGGAGAAUAUCAAGGAAGACUUCAUUGUGUUCAGGUAUCAGAACAAGGUCUUCAUGUGUUUGGCCUUGAAGAUUUGUAUGAGUUUCAAUGGAUACCCGAGCACUGCAAACUUUUUGAGGUUUUUGAAGCAGAGUAUCCGCACUUCUUGUGUAAUUUAAAGAAUAGGGUGUUGGAGAGGGAGGGGGAGGAUACAACAAAUGCAUGGAUGGAUCCUCAGUUGCUCAGUCUUCUAUUGUGCCUCCACCUCAGAAAAAUCGUAGGAAGUCGCGAAGGUUGGCGGAGGAUGUAG